CUGUGACACGUGCAACCUGGCCACUGGCGACCCCCCUGGCGUCUCCCCAUCCCCAACCACAGUCGCCCCCACCCCGACCACUGCCACCUCUCCUACUGCCACUCCUACCGCAACUACCACCAAUUCUCCCACGUCCACCCCUACUCCCACCCCCACUGCAACUCCGACCCCUGCCCCUGGAGCGAAUGGAUGCGUUGUGGGGGGGGUGUGCAGCGGCACUUGCUCUGCGCCCCUGAACCCUUGCUACAACUUGGGUAAAGUCACUUAG